GUUUUACACAAUCCUCCAGUUCUACCAACGAAGAGUAAGUAGAAUACGUAACUUCCUGACACACUUCUCGACGACUUCACUCACGUCGCUCAACAAUUGACAUGCCCAGUGCGAUGAGGGAAAUUGCGGACUCUCAUGAGCUAGGACUCAAGGAUGGAGCACCCCUCGAGUCAACGAGACAAGAUCCAGCACCAAAGGGCGACCUCAUCCUCAUCGCAGGACCAUCUAGACAUGAAAUCCGCGUUUACGCCCUCGUUCUGUCAAAUGCCUCUCCCAUCUUCGCCUCAACGAUUCCUGAAGCAAACUUCGACAAAGACGCCGCCAUGUCAGAUCCAGCACGCCUUUCGCUCCCAGACGACGAUCCCAAGGUCAUGGACAUCAUGUGCCACAUCCUUCAUGGUAGUAGCCUGAACGCAGACAUGAGAGAAAUACCGCCGAAGCUGGUCCUCGCUGUUGCCAUUCUGGCGGCAAAGUACCACUGUACUGUCUCCGUUACCGCGGCGGCCGAGUACUGGCUCUCGCCUGAGAUCAUGGACACCAUUGCGCAACACGGGCUUGUACAUCCAGAGAAGAAGGACCUCCUCCUGGCGGCGUACUGGUUUAGGCACGAAAGGGCAUUUGAAACGGGAUCUUUACGGUUGAUCACCGAGAUAUCGUGGAGUUUCAACUUUCUGGCAGAUGGGAAGUCGGGAGAGGAGGAAGUCGUAGCACUGAGAAUUGCCGUCGCUCUGGAGCGGAAACGUAACGAAAUCCGUCUAUCUCUCUACACGCGCAUGAUGAAGCAGAUCCACGCAAUAACCUACUGCAAAUGCAACACCCGCAAGCCAGCUUCUUGGUGGAAGCGGCUCCUCCGCCGUAACGAAAACACCAAUCGCAUCACGACUACAGCUACAUCUUCCGUCCUCCGCAACGUCGACAUAGAUAUCCUUUCGAGGGGCACGCCCUACAUGCCCAUCAGCUCGAUGAUGAGACUAGAUGAUGAGAAGAUGUCAAAGACGUUGGAAUGGAAUCGCGUCGGGCAGUGUUACGUGUCGGGCCCUCCUCUGGGGCACCACAAGACGUUGAUGAAGUGCUCCGUUAGCCAGUUCAAGAAGAGCGGGAUGAUGAGGGGUCUUUGCUUGGCCUGUCUUCAUCCGCAGAUGAUGUGCGAGGAAACCGCGACACAUGGAGAAAACAAUGAGAGGGGGCGGGAGUUCAGAGAGUGGCUUCCAGUUGACCUUCGUUCAUGACUGGGUAAUUUGAGGCCUGAACCCCCAAAAGUACACUCAGA